AUGGAAAGAGCCUUCGCACUUGCACUCAUCUGGUGGCUGCAGAUCCAAUUGUUACUAGCAACCUCGACAUCUAACGCUGCUUCGAAUAUUGAUGCCGCCUUGGCGGGGUCAGUCCAGAGCUUAGAUCAAGGAAGCCUGGAAGAUAUGAGAACUACUACUAGGUCUGGUCGGGUUCCAACACUAUUACCGUUACUUCCAACAUCCCACAGCCCUCCACGGGAUGAGCAAAACACGCCUACGUCAACUACAGGGGCAAAGCCAAGAGCUUUAAUCGCGAUCGGCGAUAGGAACACGGAUCUAGACAGUGGAAACGGAAAAAGGAAAAGGCUAACACUGUCAUCCUGUGAGAUUGAAGAUAAUCAAGAAAUAUAUCAGUUAGCUUCAGGCAAGCAUAUUGUGGAGCUCAAAUUAUUCAAAGCUUCUCCCCCGUUGAACAAGCCUCGUGGUGGCCUACUGGGUUCGUCGCGUUCAGCCUUUCGAAAAUGGAAUGAUGAAGGUACAAACAAUUCUCUCGGAACAUCGUACCACUCAAGUCAUACAUUCUCACAUGGGCUUAAUCCGAUUCCUGACAUUGAUAGUCGAGGCGCAAGCUACCUCAAUCCCACUUACGAAAAAAGACGUCAAUCCAAUGAAGCGAUUACGCGUUCGCCCGGACAUAACCAUGCAAGCAUUAAUCUGACUCCUUCGGUCAUUCAGCCCCAUUCCACACAUCUUGAUCGCCCAGAGCAAUUUCAAAAUUCAAAUGAUGCGAUCCCUGGCUCCGUUCAACACGGACAUGGCAAUAUCGUCGCCGUCACCGAGCGCAGUCCUUCCGUUUCAAAAAAUACAAUCAGAGAGUUUAAUGUGGAGCAUAUGAACUUGAAAGUUUGGGCAUGGAUUUCGAUCAUCUAUGAACACAUCGGGGCACAAGUGGCCUCUGAGUUCGACAGACAUGCCAAAAAAAUCAUGAUAGAAUUUAAAGCUGAUUUCCUUCCCCAACUCUACCAUCCGAGCAUAAAUGUUAUUCAACAAUCCGAUUCAAUUUUGCUUGAAAAUCAAAUAACGGCUUUCAUUACAUCAUUAUGGGCAGUCAAUCUCAGAGUUUUAGAGUGUUUUGGAUCCAAACGAUCAAGAAUGAUCUAUCUUCAGGAGCAGAAAAACUUAAUCAGGUGGUUUACUAGUUUCCUGCUAACAUGCAACCAGUUCACCUCGACCGGUCCAUCAAAUCGUGGGAUGUUUGAGCCAUGGAUUGGAAGUGAAGGACUGUCUCUUCAUCAGAAAAUCAUGGAGGCAAUUCAACUGAAUGAAGGUCAGGCUAUCUACAAAGUAUAUCGCGAACAUCUCACACCGAAGGCUCUGCCUAUUUCUCCGAAAGAUUUGUUAAUAAACAAAGCGGUUGUUACUGUUCUUGGUUUUUACUACAAAAAUUACAAUCCGGUAAAGUGGGAUUAUAUCUUCGAAGAAGAUGGUGAAUUUGUUAUAAAGUUUUCUAACUUCGGAGCCGAGUGGAAAGACAGACCGUAUCUCAAAUACCCGAUCGAGUACUACGCUAGGGACUUGGCAGGAAGUCUUUUACCCUGGAAAUUACCUGGUCAACCAGACAUAAUGAAGAAUUUUGCAAAUUAUCUAAAGAGUGGACUCGUUAAGUUUGAAAAAUGGGUUUCACCACUUGACUUGUUUGCAUUACGUGCAGAUACUGCGAUCGGUGAGAUCAGGAAUUUUAAAAUUCGCCAUAAUUUUUACAUGGAAGAAGACCAAGAUGAAACCCUAUGGGCAUGGAUCGCCAGGCUGAAACUAGACGGCAAAGCUGAACUACAUGACACUUAUAAACCGGAUUUGACCUUAAUGAGAACUCUCAUUGCAAGGAAGUUGGAAUUUGCAGCUCGUAAAACUUUCAACGACGAAGCAGAAGGGCGCAGAUUCCUAAUGGUUUCUGAUAAACAGGCUUUGGCAAGACUAGAGAGGCUAUUUGAUCUUCUUUGGGCAAUCAAUGGAAAAUUUCUUGAAUCUAUUGGCGCUGAAGUUUCUGGGCAAAGGUUCCGUAAGGAGCAAAAGAGGGUCCAGUUCUAUCUACAGUUCAUGUUUCUUGAGGAGAACAAUGACGAGUCUGGAAGUCGAUUACGCCAAUUCCUGGAUCAAAACCGAGGAGCUGCACCUGAAGCCCUCCAUCAAAACCGCACAUCUACUUCUAAGAGUUUGUACAAAACUCCAAGCGAAUUAAUUAUGGAGUUGAUUUUCUUAAAGGAAAACAAAGUCAUUUACCAAGUCAAGCGCACCGAAAUGCACAGGGGUAGAUCUGCAACGAUAUUCGAGAUGGAUUUAAUCAUGUCCAAGACCAUCGUAGCGAUCCUGGGAUUUUACUACAAAAACGAGAAUCAUGAGAAAUGGAAACUACUUUUCAAACACGAUACAGAUAUGUUUAAAUGGCUUGUAAAAUCCAGCACUCGUUUGUAUUACAGUUCGAUGCCAUAUUGCAACCCCGGUCAAACGUCGUCGGAAAUGAGGGCAUUGCAACUGAUCCCAUGGGCUGAGAAAUUAGAACACUCAAUCAAAACUUCCUCCCAAAAGCAACUGAUAAGUCUUUAG